GCUAUUGCUGUUAUUGUCUGUAACUAUGCGGAACCUGUGUCGGUAUCAUCGUGUUUAUAAGUGAAAAUCUUUAAAAUCCAUUUUUUGCUUUUUCCUCCUCGGUUGGGGAUGUAAUCGUCUUCGCUGAAGUGAGCACUGCACACACGAAAAUCCUUGAUGCUGGAUAUUUUAGCUCCCGCAGAAUAGCCGAUGGCAACCAGCCAAAGCUGUCUCAUAGCUAUAUCCGAAACAGGAAAACGAUGGAAUCUGAACGGUGAUCCCGGCACAUUCUUGUGGUCACAACCUGGGAAUUUACAAGUUCGCACCAUUGUUAAUUUUCUACUUUUUACGUCGUUGUCAUUCGAGUGUGUAAACACUAUGGAACAGCUGAUCGGAACGUGCGCACUGUUGAGGUUGACAGCAGCGUGGAUUGACGGUAAUGGAAAGAACAUAGUGCCGAUUAAAACUGAGUUUUGAGGCCCCGGAAACUAACCGGGACUACUUUCUUGAAAAACUUCCAGCGGCCAGAACUCUGACCAGGGAGGUGAUCACAGAGUGGGUCAGCGUGUAUACACUAUAGUGCUGGUUGUAAUUUGAAGAUUCUUGAAAGAACUUAAAGAUUCUUUGAGAGUAUUUGAAGAUCCAUGGCAUUCCAGAUCCAAGUAACAGUUCCGGUUCCAGUGCCAGUUCCAGUAGGACCUAGAAAAACAGAUUCUCUAAUACAAUGCAUCAUAGACAACAAGUUAAAGAAACUUCGCAAAUUAAUAAGAAGCAGAGAUAUUAAUGGGCUGUACCCUUCUGAGGUCUGGAAUGAUGAUGUUACUCCAUUAACUGCAGCAGUUUUAUGCAGAAAUGAAGAAAUCUGCUCUUAUCUACUUGGAGAGUCGGCUGAUCCAAACAAGCCCUCAACAAAUGGACUAACACCUCUACAUAAUGCUGCAUUUACAGCUGGAGUUCCACUGAGUAUUGUGGAAAGAUUACUUACAGGAAGAGCUGACCCAAAUGGAUAUCAAUUACAAAUAUUUACUCCAUUGCAAUGUGCUGUUGAUCGUGACCGUGAAGACAUUGUGAAAGCACUUAUAGAGGCUGGAGCUUCACCUAUGAGGAACUAUGGGAUGAAUCCAGAGCUCGAUAAAAAGGUGGAGAGAAUGAUUUGUCAACUGUCUUCACAGGGUGAAGUGUUUGAGAAAGUAUAUAUAUCUUUCUCCUUUUCUUGUGCUGUACGAACAAAAAAUCAGACAAAAGUUUAUGGAGUCUAUAAGGAACAUUUCUUUCAAGAGGAUCCUUUUGAUUGUUUGAUUUAUUUCGAGCUCUACUACAACGUCAUUGGUCAAGGUGCAGAGCAGUAUCGUCAAAGUGCCAUUAAGUGGUUAAAAGAUACAAAAAGCGCAGACAGAUACAUUGAGGGAGUCAUCAAACGCUUCUCAAGAAUCUCUCAGGAAUACUGGGCGAUUGCACUGAACUGCUUAAAUGCUGCUUUGUGUGUCAGUGAAUGUGUUUCUCCUCAGGUAUUCAGUGAUCUUGUGCCAAUUCUAACAAACAGUCUUCAGCAGUCUGGAAACGCACAAGGAGAAAAAAUCAAUCAUCUGAUACUGAAGAUACUCAAUGUCAUAAUGCAGAAGACGUCUAAGCAGAAACUGGGACUCAGUCAUUCUGUCUGUGAGAAGUUAAUCAAAAGUCUAUUGCCUCUCACAAGUACUGAUUAUUCAAGUCUGAUUGGAAUGUGGACAUACAGUUUUUUUGCCUACAUAAAUUGCUUUGCACCUGAACUUGUUGCAUUGUGCGGAUUGCCUUCAGUGCCAGAGAGGAUACUUAAUGCUGCAGAGAUAGAGGAUGAAGCUAUGAACAAAAGGCUACAAAAACUGAACAUAUCACUCACACAUCCUUCAGGAGCAGUAGAUCAUUUAUGUGAGACUGGAACUCCUUCAAAGAGCAGGAAAAAGAAGAAGAAGAAGAAAAUCCAGCAAGAGAAGGGAUCAGAAGAAAGUGAGCAGCAAGAUAAAGAGGAACCAUUUCAAGACACUGUAGUGACAUCUGUUGAGGAAUCAAAUUCAAGUGUGCAGCCAUUCACACAACCUGCUGAGAGCCCAAAUAUCUCAAGAAGGUGGCUACAAACUAGCUGUCGUUGGAGGUCCAAGCUUGAGAAGCUCACUAACAUGGAUAUUAACAAUACCUAUAGGCUGGGAAACCUUACUCUUGUACUCCGUGAUGAAUUUCAGAUUGCUAAUGGAAGUGAUGGAACUCAAGUUUUCCUUGGUUUGAGGGAUGACGGCACUGAGGUGGCUGUAAAAAGAAUGAUUAAGUCUAAUUACCAAGUCCUUAGAAAUGAAGAGGAAUUUUUACGACUUCCACAACUUGAAAGUUCCUCUAUUGUGCGAUAUGUGGACUUUGCAGAGGAUACACAUUUUGGGUACCUUGCUCUUCAGCUUUGUGAGUACACACUGGAGGAAUAUAUCCAAGAUCAUUUACCAGAUGACAGCGCUGAGAGAAAUUUGAUUUUGAAGAAGCUAGUGAAGGAAGUUCUCUACAGUUUACAGGUUUUACACCAUCAGCAGUCCAGAGUGCUCCAUCGUGACAUCAAACCCCAGAAUGUUCUGAUUGACAUAAAUGGAAAAGCUAGAUUGGCUGAUUUUGGCAUAAGUCGUCGACUGACCCUCAGUCAAACCACUCUACGAACAAGCAUUGCUGGAACUAGAUGCUGGAAGGCAAAGGAGACCAUAGAUGAGGAGGUCAACACUGGGUACAAGAGGAGCUCCGACAUUCAGGUUGCUGGGAUGUUAGUUUACUACAUUCUCUCUAGAGGACACCAUCCAUUUGGUAAAGGUCCACGUUGUGAAGUCAACAUUCUAGAAGGAAGAUACUUACUGGAGCAUCUGGAUGAUGAUGUAGCGAAGGAUCUCGUCGAAUGGAUGAUCAAUGAAGAUCCAAACAAGAGACCAACUGUGGAGCAUACUCUUGCACACCCCUUCUUCUGGACUGAUGAACGGAGAGUGGAGUAUUUGAAAAAACUGGGGAACCAGAAUGAGGCAGAGAACUGUCGUAAUGUCAGUGAGGAGCUCCUUCAAGCUGUUGAAAAAUACACAGAGGGGAAAAGCUUUUCUGAAUGGAAGACUAAAUUGCCGUCUGAGCUUGUCCAAAAACUGGAUGGUAAGAAGAAAGGCUAUCCUGAGAACACACUGGGCCUGCUGCGAUUUAUACGCAACCUACAUGAGCAUUAUCCAGAGGACGCAGAGAGCAUCAACCUGAUGGCUUCAUUCCCUGAUCUGUUUGGGAGUGUGUUCAGGUUUGCGAAGGAAAGAGGAUGGAACUCCAGGGCGAGUUUGAAAAAGUUCUUCAGCUCAGCUCCACAGAUCUGAUUGUUGUAUUUUUGGUUAAACUAUGUGCAUUGAUUCUGCAUUAUGAAUGUGUUUCAUGAAAAUGAAGUUCAAAUAUAGGGAUAGAUUUAAGAUUGUUAAUCUGUGUAAUUUCAGUUAUUGGUUUAUCCUGUGGAAGAUAUGUACUGUAAAUAUCUGGUACACAGCUCAUGGCAAUAUUAAAUAAUAAUAAAACAAUGCAUACAUUUCUAAUAUCACACUUUUUUCCAAUUAUAAAUAUCUUACAAGAUCUUAAAGAUCUUAAAUAAUGAAUGUGAAAUGUAAUGUUUAUGUGAAUAAGGAUAAGAGAGAAAUAUGAUUAAAAUAUUAGAUAUUAAUUUUUAUCAACAAUAUAGUAAAUCAUCUUGUUCCUUCCUCACCAGGAUGCCUGUUUCCAUCUUACUUUAAAUGCGAAUGUGCAUUUUGAUUAAAACACACACAAAAACAGUUAUUGUUCAUAUCCAAGCAAAAUUGACGUACAUGAAAUAUUCUGCCUUUCUCAUUACAUUAUAAAUCCCUGUUUCCUGUCAUUUUGGCAACAGGCAGACCCUGCAAUAAGAAAGUCGGGGUAAUACUCACAGGGGUAACAUUUUGUCCUAAACAGUGGCAAAACUGUUGGUAACCCACAGUAACAGCAAAUCUCAACAGCAGUUGCUUAGAUGGCGCAGAAACCCUCAAAUGACACUUUCUCCUUUCAAACUUUGGAAUUGCUACAAUUUUGCAAGAAGUAGCUAAAUUAUGGCAGAAUGAAUGGGAAGAGGGAAAUAAGCGCAGACAUUAUUUUUCAUUACAACAAACAGUGAAUGACACAUUAAAUACAAGAUUGGGAAGUGGGGUCAGUGUGGUUGUUAUGAAUAAU